CUUGAAUCAAGUUAUAGCAACAGGUGGGCAGAGUCCCCGCUAUAGAGCUCCAGGGAGUUGGUGGCCCCACAACAACAUUUGAAAAAGGGGUAUCUCUGCCAGGGAGGAGGAGGCAAACAGCCACUUAUGUUUUGUCCUGAAUUAUCAGCUGUUGGUCUGUAAGCUUAAAGGUGGGAGACCCAUUGCAGCCGUACCAACCAUCGCGUCACACCUAAUAAUACACACUGACAACAGGCAGGGUGGGACACAGGGGGGCCUGACUGCAGCACUAUAUAUAAGGUCAGGCUUGUUGGGAGACAAAGACACACACUUGAAAAACAACCCGUGAAUCUAUCUUCCUGGAAAGAGGUGUCUGUGGAAUCAAUACGCCAACUUCAAUCACCAUGUCACAGCCAGCCGAGGUGAAGAAGAAGAAGCGUCCCCCAAUGAAAGAGGAGGACCUGAAAGGAGCCCGCAGUAAACUGGGACUGAAGGGCGAGGUCAAGAGUAAGACCUAUGAGGUCAUGGCAGAGUGUGAACGUAUGGGCAAAGUGGCUCCGUCUGUGUUCAGCGGUGUGAGGUCGGGGACGGAGACGGCUCUCAGCCCGCCUGCUGCCUCCAAAGCUGCUGGAGCCAGCGUGUUCAGCAAGUAGACUCACUGCAGUCUUCACGGCUCUGAGUCAAUGGGGAUGCUGCAAUCUGUGGUUUACAAUGUUUUUUUUGUGAUGAUGAUUUAAG